AUGUUUGAUUCAAAUUAGAUCCUUGGUAUGUAAACUUUAUCUCCCUUCUCGGGCGAUCAGCAACGUUUCCCGAUGUAACUUCGACACAAWACAGUUCUGCUUUACUUUUUACCGCCUCUCAAGCUUUCUAGUAGACUUUAAGCACCGAGAAAGCACGCUUUUAGGAAACAUAUCUUGAAUUACGAUGKCUCUUCGACAAUCAUUUCGAACAAAUCGCUCCAGAUUCAAGCAUGUUUUUGGAAGCCCGGCGAAGAAAGAGUUUUGCUACGAAGGUAUUCGCAUCACAGAGAAAUCGUGGGAAAGCAAUUUCUGUGCAGUGAAUCCAAARUUUCUUGCUGUGGCAUUGGAAGCACAAGGCGGAGGCCCGUUUCUUGUUCUACCUCUAGAAACCGUUGGUCGUAUACCGACAGAUUACCCAAAAGUCUGYGGUCAUCACCGGCCAGUUCUAGACCUGCAAUGGAACCCAUUCGACGAUAACAUCUUAGUCUCAGCCUCGGAGGACACAACAAUCAAAGUGUGGUUYAUUCCAGAUGGUGGCUUACAUGAGGAUUUAAAAGAUUUUGUCGGAGACUUGCGUCAACAUGAAAAAAAAGUUGGCAUAGUAAGAUGGCAUCCUUGCGCCAGCAAUAUUCUUGCAAGUGCAGGAUUCGACAAUYUGGUGAUUAUAUGGGAUGCAUUUCGUCAAGCUGCAAUUUAUAUACUUAAAGGACACCCAGACACUAUUCAUUCAUUGUGCUUUAAUUGGAAUGGAAGUAGGAUCGCUACAACUUGCAAGGAUAAGAUGAUUCGAGUUCUUGACCCUCGGGCAGGAAAGCAGAUCUAUAAGGGUCAAGGUCAUCGGGGUCCAAAAGGAAUGCAAGUUACAUUUCUUGGGAAUUCGAACAAAUUGUUUACUACUGGUUUCUCUAUUGGAAACCAGAGGGAGGUUGCUGUUUGGGAUCUGUCUGAAGGACUAAGAAGACCACAAAAAAUGGAACAGAUAGAUGAGUCAUCAGGUCUUUUAAUGCUUCACUAUGACCCAGACACAAAGGUGGUUUAUCUUGCUGGCAAGGGUGACGGAAACAUUAGGUUUUAUGAAAUCAUCGACGAAGAUCCCUACAUCGUCUUUUUAAAUGAAUACAGAAGCUCAACUCCUCAACGUGGUCUGGGUUCAAUGCCUAAACGAGGCCUAGAGAUUGAAAAGUGUGAAAUAAUGCGUUUCUACAAGCUUCACAGUACAGGGUUGAUUGARCCUGUCAGCAUGAUAGUUCCAAGGAGGGAUUCUAGUGCAUUCCAAGGUGAUCUUUACCCCGAUACGCUAGCCAACAGACCGGCUAUGAGUGAGAGUGAAUGGAUAGAAGGUGUCACUAAAGAACCUCUUCUAGCAAAGCUUGUACCUCAUGAUCCCAUUGAAGGGCCUAUUGAGCCAGARAGAGARGAGAGAGUGGAGCAUUCAAGGAGCUCAGAAUUGCAACAUCAUAAUGACGUUGGAUAUCAUCAACAAUCUAAGCAUGGAAUGGUUAAUGGAGACAGAAGAGGACCUCCMUCUAAACCAACUAAUGACUACAAAACCUGGGACCUAGAAACUUUGCGCAUUGCUUAUGCUGACCUACAAGAAGAAGUGUACUCUCUAAGAACAGAAGUACAACUAAGAGAUAGGAAAAUUGCAAAUAUGGAAAGUUACUACAAACAGAAAUUUGGUUUCUAAGGUAACAUUAAAUCAAUAAUAU